UGUAGGAUUAGUCUUAUAUUUUUCGAAUAAUAAAUUUCAUUUUCAAUUUGUAUUCAAUUUGCUUUCUAUUUAAUAAUAUAAAAAAAAAUCGCUUACAAUAUGGAAAAUAAAAAUUUGUUACUAGUAAUAUCGUUAUUUAUUUUAUCUUUCGAUAUUAAAUCUCGUGCGGAAUCGGUAGUUAAUAUUUCCGAAGGUUUACUUAAGGGAACAAUAAUUACAUCGCGAAAUGGAAGAAAUUUUUCAGCUUUUAUAGGCGUACCUUAUGCGGAACCACCAAUUGGUGUUUUGAGGUUUAAAAGUCCAGAACCAGUAAAAAAAUGGAGUGAAACUUAUGUUGCAAAUAAAGAAGGAAACGCUUGUCCACAACCUGUUAAAGGGAAAGUAGAUGGAAAGGAAGAUUGUUUAUAUUUAAAUGUUUUUACGCCAAAACUACAAUUUAAUGAAUUAAUGGAGAAUGAAACUUUGUUACCAGUGAUGUUUUGGAUUCAUGGUGGUGGAUUUCAUACCGGAAGUAGUCGUUUAAAUUUAUAUGGUCCCAAUUAUCUAAUGGAUAAAGAUAUUAUUCUUGUCACAAUAAAUUAUCGAUUGGGAAUCUUAGGUUUUCUCUCAACUGGCGAUGAUGUGGCGCCAGGUAAUUUUGGAAUGAAGGAUCAGGUUUUAGCUCUGAAAUGGGUUCAAAAUAAUAUUCAAGCAUUUGGAGGAGAUCCUAAACGAGUUACAAUAUUUGGUGACAGUGCAGGAGGAGCUUCAGUCACUCAUCAUGCAAUGUCUGAUAAAUCCAACGGCCUUUUUCAUCAAUACAUUGCACAAAGCGGUAAUCCAUUGGUUCCUUGGGGAUAUAGAGACAAAAAUGAUAUUAAAUCUGAUGUAAAUGCAAUUGCACAAAAAUUGGAAUGUCCAAUAAGUGAUUCCACGCAAAUUGUAAAUUGUCUACGUGAUGUGGAUUAUUAUACAUUGGUGAAUUUAACAACGUAUGAGGUUUUGGAUUUUGCUGAAUUAUUAUGGGUGACGACAAAUGAAGUUGAAUCGAAUGACGCCUUUUUAACAGAUAAGCCUGAGAAUUUAAUUGAUCAAAAUAAAUUAAGAGACUAUCCAUUAAUGACUGGUUCUGUUGCCGAUGAAGGAUUAUACGUUACUGCACCCUUAUAUACAAAUAAUACUUCCACAUCUGUUGAAAGUGCCCUUAAAAAAUGUAUUAAUGGGACGUUUAAUCGUAUUCCAUCGAUCAAGGAUUUAUCGAAAUUUGAAAAAAUUAUCAUUGAUUAUUAUUUUGAUAGUACAAUUUCUUCAACUAAUAAGAUGUUAUUGGACAACUUUACUAAAUUUGCUGGAGAUAGUCAAUUCAUGUAUCCCGUUGCAAUUUUAUCGGAAAAAAUAUCGAAAUUUGGAAAGAAACCAGUUUAUUUAUAUAUGUUUGGAUAUCGCGGUGAAUCGAGUUACACGAAUGUUGAUUAUGGUAUCGAUGAGAAUGUAGGAGUACAUCAUGCAGAUGACUUAUUUUAUCUUUUCUCAGGAGAACAUUCAAAAUCUAUAACCGAUAAAGAUAAAUACAUAAUUGAUUUGAUGGUGGAUUUAUGGACAUCUUUCGCCAUAAAUGGAAUACCAACGUCGGGAAAAUUAGCUGAUUCUAAUAUGUGGAAGCCUUAUUCUACGGCAAAUAAUUUUCUUCAGAUUGGAAAUGUUCUUAACAAUACCGAACCAUCUGUUACUCUACAGGAUGAUUAUUAUACUGAUCGUAUGAAUCUUUGGAAGAACAAUUUUCCCAUUAUAAAACUCUAAUUUAUUUUGUUUUUUACUUAUGGGCUCAUAAUUUGCUUUUUUAAAAAAAAUUUUAUCUCUUUUAAAAAAAAAAAAAAAAAAAAUUGUAAGCAAAAAAUUAUAUUUUCCGUGUGAUAAAAAAUUUUUACUUUUAAUUCGUUGAUAUGUUGGAAUGGCGUAAACCAUCUCCAUUUAUAUACAUUACAAUUGUAAAUUUCAUUUAAGAAAUCGUAGAAAUUUAUAUAUAUUACAAAAUAUAUAAAAGUAUAACCGUUCCGGGAUUUCGUGACAGAAGCACAACUAUGUACGUAUAUAGAUUUAUAUUCAUGUCGAAUGGAGCUUAUUAAAUUUAUAUUUUUAAGCUUCCGGGUAAUCAGACAAGAAGUAGGUGCUACACAUUUUAUUCAUAAUGACUGCAUAUAUAUGUAAUAUUACGGGACUGAUGUCAAAAGUAAUUUAACUUACGUUAACCACAACUAUUACACAAAAAACAUAUAGUCGCAGUCUAAUCAUUUUAUUACGAUUUAUAAUAUACUUAACAACUCUUUAAAAUAUGAAAAUACAACUCAAGAUUACGUAUAUGAUCUUUGCGACUGACAAUGAGUCACAUUUUACAGUUACAGUUUUAAAACGACAUACCUUUGAAAAAAAGUAUCUCGAAAUUUAUAUUAUUCAUUUAUCUCUUUAAACUGUUUUUUUUUUUUUUUUGCAAAAAAAAGUAAUUUAAACUUUUUUUUACAAAAAUUUAUUGUAACAAAUUUUCAAAUUUAUUUGCAAGUUUAAUGAAAUAAUUUAUGGUUAUUAUAGAUACAGUAACUUUAUGUUAGAACCAAGAUAAACGAUACGAUAUAAAAAUAAAAUUUUAUUUGAACCAAAUAAA